CAUUUUGCAAAAUCGCUCAAAAACCCAAACCAGAGAACUCAGCAGCAGCGAGAGUCAGAAACCAGAAGAAGAAGAAGAAGCACACACAAAUGUCUUCCUCAACCGUCCUUCGAGAGCUACAGCGCGAUUUCGAAGCUAAGUCUAACGAUCUCAGCAAACUCCAAAAAGAUAUUGCAAAGAAUCAUCAAGUGAGAAAGAAGUACACUAUCCAGCUCGGCGAGAAUGAGCUCGUCCUCAAGGAGUUGGAUAUAUUGAAUGAAGAUGCAAACGUGUACAAAUUGAUCGGUCCAGUGCUUGUGAAGCAGGAUUUAGCAGAGGCAAACGCGAAUGUGCGCAAGAGAAUUGAAUAUAUCUUGGCUGAAUUGAAACGACUUGAUGGGAAUCUUCAAGACUUGGAGGAGAAGCAGAAUAGCAAGAAAGAAGCGAUCUUCAAGUUACAAGAGAGGAUUCAGUCUCUCCAGGCUGGAAAAGCCAAAGCAUAGUUUGCUUUCAUAUUAGUAUUCACCUUUGGAUUUUUAACAUGUUUUAUAAAUCUCUGUGGAUGCUUGGAUGUAGAUACUUGUUUCUAAUUGAGGCUGCAUUUCGUAUUACAAACUCUUACUAUUGUCAUAGUCAUAGCCGUUGUGGAAUGUUAAAAUUGUUUGUGAUAUCGAUUUUUGUGUUUAGUUA